CUCUCUCUCUCCCUCUCUCUCUCUCUCUCUCUCAUUGCAUCCAUUUUUGUGCAUUUAAGAAAUCUCCAAGAAUUACCAUCCUGGAGGAAGGCGAGCUGCCCACAGUGACAGAGGAGGGUUAAGGACUCCGAAAAGGAAAACAAACAAGGACGGAGCGGGCAUCUUUUUAUUCCCAACAUGCGCGUAAAACCGCUUUAAAGGAUGGCAGCGAUGGGUUAGACAGGAUUUACCAUGACUGCGAAAUAAAAGCCACUGUGUGUAAAAGAUGUCUGCUCCACACGGGCCCCGGGGCGGCCCCGGCCCUGCCGCCGCCGCCUCCGCCGCCGCCGCUGCUCCCUCAGCGGCCGGCGCCAUGCCGGAGAUGCCGGACCUCAGCCACCUCACCGAGGAGGAGAGGAAGAUCAUCCUCGGCGUCAUGGACCGACAGAAGAAGGAGGAGGCGAAGGAACAGUCGAUGUUAAAGAUCAAAGAAGAACCAAAGCCUCAGCCGGCACAGUGGUUUCCCUUUAGUGGGAUCACUGAGCUGGUAAAUAAUGUUCUUCAGCCCCAGCAAAAGUCCCAAAAUGACAAGGAGCCAGAGCCAGAGCCGAAGUUGCACCAGCAGUUUGAGUCGUAUAAGGACCAGGUCAAGAAGAUGGGCGAUGAGACUAAGCAGGCUCAGGACCAGAAGAGCGAAGCCCCAAUCUGCGGGAUAUGCCACAAAACCAAGUUUGCCGAUGGCUGUGGCCACCUCUGUUCAUAUUGCCAAACGAAAUUCUGUGCUCGGUGCGGAGGACGAGUGUCUCUGCGGUCAAAUAAGGAGGACAAAGUGGUUAUGUGGGUAUGCAACUUGUGCCGAAAACAACAAGAAAUCCUCACCAAAUCGGGGGCGUGGUUCUACGGCUCGGGGCCCGGUCAGGUGCGAGGCGUGUUUGAGGGGGGGCCGCAGGGAAAGAAGGCCAAACUCCAGGACCCGUCCCUCUACCCCUACCAGGGAGCCUCGGGAAACUCCGACAGAAGCAGACCUCACGGCGGGCUCCUGCCCAGACAGGCGUCCCUUGACAACGGUUCGGGGUUCAGGUACUCGGGACACGGCGACGCGCCCAUAGACAGGAAACGAAGCCCAUCUGCAUCCAGGGAUCCAAACCAAAAAUACGACCAAAGGGAGGGUGGUGAUCACUCGCAGUAUGCCCCGACGGACGGCGGCAUGCCCAGAUCACCGUCCGACUACGGAGAUGGGGACCCUCGGCGGGCUCCGCGGGGCCCACACAUGUACCAUGAUGUGGAUGCGGCGCGGAUGGGCUACCGGGACCGGCGGGGCCCCGGACGCUGGCACUCCCAGGAAUACCCGCUCGACCAGGAGCUAGACGGCCCGCCCAGUGAGUAUGACCUCCAGCGUCAGCGCCAGGAGGAGUUCCAGGCGCGCUACCGCAGCGAUCCCAACCUGGCGCGCUACCCGGUGAAGCCGCAGCCCUACGAGGAGCAGAUGAGGAUGCACGCCGAGGUGGGCCGGCUGCGACACGAGCGCCGCCACAGCGACGUCUCCCUGGCGUACACGGAGCAGGACGACCCCGGCCCCGUCCGGCUGUCCCGUCAGCACCUCACCGAGCGCCGGCCGCCGAUGGUGGGACGGCGCUCCUACUCCGUCGACCGGUCCUCCCCAGGGCCCAUGGGCCCCGGCCUCGGAGGCCACAGAACCUCCAACCACAGCCCCCCGACGCCGCACCGCAGUCCCGUGUUGGGCGACCGGUCAGGGGACCUGCGGCGGGGGGACAUGGGCGUCGGCGGGGAUCCCAUGAGGAGGCAGCAGCACCACUUGGAUCCUAGUUCGGCCGUCCGCAAGACCAAGAGGGAGAAGAUGGAGACCAUGUUGAGGAACGACUCUCUCAGCUCCGACCAGUCGGAGUCGGUGCGCCCGCCACCCCCCAAACCCCACAAAACCAAAAAGGGAGGGAAGAUGCGGCAGGUGUCACUGAGCAGCUCGGAGGAGGAGCUGGCCACCACUCCGGAGUACACCAGCUGUGAGGAUGUGGAGAUAGAGAGUGAGUCAGUCAGUGAGAAAGGGGACAGUCAAAGGGGAAAAAGAAAAACUAUUGAGCAGGCAUUUAUGUCUGAGCCGACACACACCUUAUCUGAGAGGCAAAAGAAAAUGGUGCGCUUUGGGGGACACUCAUUUGAAGAGGACUUGGCAUGGUGUGAACCGCAGGUUAAAGACUCGGGAGUUGAUACGUGCAGUAGCACAACCCUAAACGAGGAGCAUAGCCAUAGUGAGAAGCACCCGGUGACGUGGCAGCCGUCCAAAGAUGGGGAUCGCCUAAUAGGGCGUAUUUUGCUCAACAAGCGCAUGAAAGAUGGAAGUGUGCCUCGAGACUCAGGAGCUCUGCUUGGUCUGAAGGUGGUGGGAGGCAAAAUGACAGAAUCUGGUAGACUGUGUGCUUUCAUUACUAAAGUGAGGAAAGGAAGUCUAGCAGAUACUGUUGGACACCUCAGACCAGGUGACCAGGUGCUGGAGUGGAACGGAAAGCUUUUACAAGGAGCCACAUUUAAAGAAGUUUACAAUAUCAUACUAGAAUCCAAGCCGGAGCCGCAGGUGGAGCUGGUGGUCUCACGGCCUAUAGGAGAUAUUCCAAGGAUACCAGACAGCACACAUGCACAACUGGAAUCAAGUUCGAGUUCUUUUGAGUCUCAGAAGAUGGAUCGCCCGUCCAUCUCCGUCACGUCCCCCAUGAGUCCCAGCAUGCUGAGGGACGCCCCCCAGUACUUGUCAGGACAGCUCUCAAGCCAAAGCCUUAGUAGAAGAACAACGCCUUUUCCCCCUAGGGUCCAGGUCAAACUGUGGUAUGACAAAGUGGGCCAUCAGCUAAUCGUCACCAUCCUGGGCGCCAAAGACCUGCCACCCAGGGAAGACGGCCGGCCCAGGAACCCUUACGUCAAAAUCUACUUCCUCCCUGACAGAAGCGACAAAAGCAAGAGGAGAACAAAAACAGUAAAGAAAUCCUUAGAGCCCAAAUGGAACCAGACCUUUAUGUACUCGCCGGUGCACCGGCGGGAGUUUCGGGAACGCAUGUUGGAGAUUACAUUGUGGGACCAAGCCAGGGUGAGGGAGGAGGAGAGCGAAUUCCUGGGAGAGAUCCUAAUAGAGCUGGAGACGGCUCUUCUGGACGAUGAGCCGCACUGGUACAAACUGCAAACGCACGACAUGUCCUCCAUCCCACUCCCACGUGCCUCCCCGAACGCACAGCGCAGGCAGCUCCACGGAGAGAGUCCCACACGGCGGCUGCAGAACAAAGGCUCUUAUUCUUACAACUCAGGAUCCCAGAGGAUAAGUGACAGUGAGAUCUCAGACUACGAUUGUGAAGACGGUGUUGGAGUAAUAACAGACUACCGGUCGAAUGGCAGAGACUUCCAGAGCUCCACGCUGUCCGUCCCUGAGCAGGUCAUGUCGUCGAACCACUGCUCUCGGUCGGCGGAUAUAAACCGGGUGCGGGCUCGCUCCCCCAGCGUUCCCCCACCCUCCAGCAGAAGUCUGGACCCGGCCUUUGACCUUAGGCCUUCUCAGUACAGCUCCUCCCCUAGAGCGGAGCACCACAGUGUGUCUGAAGAUAACUACUCACCGGACAGCCGCAACCACCGUGUGUACCCCAUCUGCCGAGAGGAAGCAGUCAGGUUACUGCGUUCCACUAGGAUGGCCCGCGCCUAUUCGGAGGGUGCCUACUCCUCCGACUAUGACUACGAGAGGAACCAUGGAGCCAUGGAUAGGCACGAGUAUCACACCAGGUCCCGCUCUGCAGACCAGCGGCCCACUAUAGAGCGCCCCACGUCCCGUUCGCGCUCUACCGAACGCCCCCACGACUCUUCGCUCAUGAGGUCCAUGCCGUCUCUGCCAUCUGGGAGGUCUGCCCCUCCCUCACCUGCCUUGACGAGGGCACAUCCUCGUAGUGGAUCAGUCCAGACCAGUCCCACCAGUACCCCCAUGUCCAGUAGACGAGGUCGACAACUCCCACAGCUUCCACCCACAGGAAAGGACAGAAAAGAUGGAGACGAAGGAACAGAUCCUUGUGAAGAAGACACGGACUCACCAAGUUGGACGAACUCAGGUAUGGACAUGGAGGAGAGGACCCGACAGAUGAAACUCAAGAUGAACAAGUACAAGCAGGGGGCCGGCUCGGACUCCAGGCUGGAGCAGGACUACCACAAGCGUUCGGGCCGGGACCCCCGGGGCUCGGACAACUUGUCAGCCAAGUCGUCGGACAGUGACGUGAGCGACGUGUCCGCUGUGUCGAGAACCAGCAGUGCCUCUCGGUUCAGCAGCACGAGCUACAUGUCCGUCCAGUCCGAACGGCCGCAAGGGAACCGCAAGAUCCGUGACUUUGCAUCCAAAAUGAAAAACAGGCAGAUGGGCUCGUCGGGCGGGAUGAACAUGACCAAGAGCACAAGCAUCAGCGGAGACAUGUGCAACCUGGAGAAGACGGACGGCAGCCAGUCGGACACGGCGGUUGGCACGGUAGGCACUGACGACAAGAAGAGGCGCUCCAGCAUUGGUGCCAAAAUGCAGGCCAUGGUUGGCAUGUCGCGCAAGAGCCGGAGCACCUCUCAGCUCAGCCAAACAGAAGCGGGAGGUAAGAAGUUGCGUAGCACUAUCCAGAGGAGUACAGAGACGGGGCUGGCGGUGGAGAUGAGGAGCAGGAUGACUCGGCAGGCCAGCCGGGAGUCCACGGACGGCAGCAUGAACAGCUACAGCUCCGAGGGAAAUCUCAUCUUCCCUGGAGUGAGGCUCUCCUCAGACGCCCAGUUCAGCGACUUCCUCGACGGCCUGGGUCCAGCUCAGCUGGUCGGACGACAGACGUUAGCGACUCCACCGAUGGGCGACAUUCAGAUUGGCAUGGUGGAGAAGAAAGGAGCACUGGAGGUGGAGGUCAUCCGAGCCCGUGGCCUUGUGGGAAAACCAGGUUCCAAGGCACUGCCAGCACCAUAUGUUAAGGUCUACCUUUUGGAAAACGGAGUCUGCAUAGCCAAAAAGAAAACUAAAGUAGCAAGAAAAACUUUGGAUCCUCUAUACCAGCAGCAACUGCCGUUUGAGGAGAGUCCAGGGGGGAAGGUUUUGCAGGUCAUCGUUUGGGGCGACUAUGGACGUAUGGACCAUAAAUCAUUCAUGGGAGCAGUGCAGAUACUGUUAGACGAGCUGGACCUGUCCAACAUGGUGAUUGGCUGGUUCAAGCUCUUUCCUCCUUCCUCACUGGUGGACCCUACUCUGGCCCCACUGACUAGAAGAGCUUCCCAAUCCUCACUGGACAGUUUCUCUCGAUCAUAGCAGCGUGUUGGACUGAUAGCGUUGUUGUAGCAGCCAGUGUUGCGAUUACAGGUCACGCCCCCCGGUUACACUGCAUGCUUGAUGUUGUGUCUUCUGAGCCUGUUUCUAGGGGUGCAAAACGUGGUCCUGUUGUUUUGAGCAAAAACGUUGCGCACAUUGUGCACACGGCGAAGCGUUGUCACGGGCGCCUGGCAGCAGGGAUUGCCGGGUGUUGUUGUUGCUUGGAGGAAACUGGAAUGAACUCCUUAGCACGAGGAAUCCGUCAGUUCCAGGUUUUCAUCCAAUUCGAAGCCAUGGGGGUCAACACUGGGAACCGCUAAACGAGUUCUACAGAAGCCCUUUUCGAAUGAAAAAAAAAAAAAAAAUCAAUGUGUUGCUUUGUUCUUUUAUUUUUUUUUUCAUUUUGUUUCAUUUAUUAUUAUUUUUUUUUUCUUUCUUUAUAUGUCAAUGUACUUGUAUCUGAAGGGGGUGACAGUGUUUCUAACCAGAUGCUUGGUCACGCCACGCCAACAGACCGAGCAGUGUAGGUGGAGUUUUGGAGACCAUCACUUUGCGUGAGGUGUGUCCCGGCUUGUAUCCGCACUCCCUCAAAACCCCAGAAGAAACGCCCUGUAACACUCCAGGUUUAUGUACCGACCAACCCGUACUGGUGAGAAUCACCACUCAGAAGACGUAAUCAGAGGCAAUAUCGAAGUGGCUACCAUCAACGCUCCAAAACAAACAGGUUAACGAUUCAAAACGCGAUGAAAAGAUGUACAAUCUUACCAUCAUUCUUUCUCUGUUGAUAUAUUGUAUGAAAAUUAAAUGAGAAAAAAAAAAUAAUUUAUUUUUUUCUUUUUAGUUCAUUUGCAUGGACACAAAUUUAGCUGAAUUAAAAAAAAUAUAAAAAAGAAAGAAAAUUAUUUUCUUGAGGCUGCAACUUGCAAAAAAAAAAAAAAAGAUGUUGAAAAAGAAACAGAACAGAUCAGCCAUUUUCAACAAUUUAUAUUAUUUUUAAAGAUAAAUUUCACUAGUGCAUGGUUUUCAAGGGGAGUGAAUGCAACAUCGUGAUUGAAAAAAAAAAAAAAGAAGAAGAAAAAGACAUUGUUUAUCAUUCUUUAGACCAUCCAUGAGUCUGUCUUUUGCAGACCUGCAGAUAAGGGAAACUUCAAGGAAACUUUUGGAGUUAUUUAACAGAAAAUGUUUAUGUGACAAAAAGUGAUAAUGAAAAUAAAUGUAAAUUAUUUAUUUCAUUGUAAAAGGCUCACGCCUUAUAAAGAUAAACAUUAUGUGCAAAUUGUACAUGUUUCUCUUUUUCUUCCUUGUCCCAGGGUACUUCUCAUCGUACUACUCAUUGCUACCAUCGUUCAGUCCCCUGAUAACGUCCGGAUUUUAGGACUGUCGGUUCUUUUACAGUUCUGUAUCGUUUCAGUCUGUAUUUUCUUUGGAUUUGAUUUGUUUAACAAGCAUGUUGAAACGGAUUUUCUGCAACAUGGCUUGGGCACACCUUACAGUAACUCAGCAUGUUUUGAUAAAGAUGAUAUUUGGAAUUUUUGCAGUUUCUUGUACAGUGCAUGUCAACUUCAUUACUUUUCUCCCUCACCUUAAAUUGAGCUCUACAGCAAAUUAGUUCUUGGUCUUCCGUGGCCAUUUAUUGAAGUUUUAACAAAACAUUCCACCCCCAAAAGUCAUAUUUUCUUUCAGGUUUUUGAGGAAAAAAAAAAAAAAUGACAAGGAAAAUAUUUUAUAUUUAUUGAAGGCUGGCGAAAACGUUGUGAUCGCAAGUGUAUUUUAUUUCAGUAUUGUUGACGAACAUGCAAAAAUAAUCUGUACUGGUACAGUAAGGGGUCUAUACCUAAUCAAGAGGCAGCAACCGUGCAAGAGAAGUGUGUUGCUGUGGUUCAAUUCUGCAGGCACUGUAUGUGAAGAUGAGCUAAUCACAAGUUCAAAUAAUAAGGGAUAUUGCCACAGAAAAUGUUUUUUUUUUUUCUUGUUUUAAUGAAAAUGAAAUUAAUUUACUAUAUUUUUGUUAGUUUUAUUUAAAAGCCAAGACCAGUUUAUUUUUUAUUUUCUAUUUUUACUAAUUAUUAAUACUUCUCAUGUCUGGGAGGUAUAUGAAUCUUAUAGUUGCAGUAUGUCUGAAUGAAACUGAACUGAGGCAUUGUUCCUUUUCCACUUUGAAGAUGAUGCAUUUUAACGCCCAAGAAAAACUUUGUUGCUGUAACAAA